UCCGAGCCUGCGCGGAACGGGCUCCUCUUCCCCCUCCCCUCAGUGCGUCUCGGCUUCCGCACCAUUUUGUGCUGUGAUCGCAAGGUUAGCUCCCUGCUUGCGCCGCGUCCUCUCGUGCGCUCGGGCUCGAGGCGGGAUACCGAAGGGGCCGUGAUGGCGGAAAGUCAACCCGCGGCCGGGCUGGGGGACUUAACCACCCUCGGCGGAGCCCCAGCUCUCGGCUCGGAGCCCGAAACCCGGCGGCUGAGCGAGCUGCGGGUCAUCGACCUGCGUGCUGAGCUCAAGCGCCGUAACCUGGACAGCGGCGGCAACAAGAGCGUCCUAACGGAGCGCCUCAGGAAGGCAAUUGAGGAUGAAGGAGGAGAUCCCGAUGAAAUUCCUGUGGCUUCAGAACUGACCAAAAGAAUGCCAAAAAGAACUAGCAAAGGAAGAAAACCAGAGGAGGAAGGUGCUGAAGACAAUGGACUAGAAGAAAACUCCAGAGAUGGGCAAGAAGAUAUUGAAGCAAGUCUGGAUACCUUACAAGAUAUUGACAUGAUGGAUAUUAGUGUGUUAGAUGAAGCUGAAAUAGACAACAGCAGUGCUGUAGACUGUGGAGAAGACUAUAGUCCUGAUAAUAUUCUUGAUUCACUGUCUGAUAAUAAAGAUAAUGUUGAUGCAGAAAUGAAAGAACUUCCAGAUCAGCUAACAGAAAAUGAGGAAGAUUAUGAUGAAAUUGAAAACAAUGUAGAUUCCUCUUCUGAUUUAAUUGAAGUGAAGAAAACGGAGAAACUACACUUGGAGCCAGGUACUGUUAAAGAAAAGCAUAUUCCUGUCUUUUCAACUAAUACUUUUGGAUGUUUUAUCUUUAGCCCUGUUGAGGAGGACAGAGAUACAAAGAUAAUCUCAAAAGAUGAGAAAGGUCGCACUGCCAGCAGUUCUGGUAGAAACUUUUGGGUGAGUGGACUUGCUUCUACUACCAGAGCUACAGAUUUGAAGAAUCUGUUUAGCAAAUAUGGGAAGGUGGUUGGUGCAAAAGUUGUCACCAAUGCUCGCAGCCCUGGUGCUCGCUGUUACGGCUUUGUUACGAUGUCUACAGCUGAAGAAGCAACAAAGUGUAUUACUCACCUCCACAAAACAGAAUUACAUGGGAAAAUAAUUUCUGUAGAAAAAGCAAAAAAUGAACCUGCCGGGAAGAAGCCAACUGAAAAAAAAGAGAACGAGGUGAAGAAAGAAACAGUCAGUGAGAGACCAGGCAGUAUUAAAAGGGAUGAGAAAUCUGACCAAAAGGAUGAUUCUAAAAAGACUGAAGACAAAGAUGAAAAAGAAAGAAAAGAUAAAGAUGAACUGAAGCCUAGUUCAUCAGAUCAACCUAAAACUAACAAAUCAGGAAAUAAAGGAACAGAGAGAACUGUAGUAAUGGAUAAAUCCAAAGGAGAACCUGUUAUUAGUGUGAAAACAUCAACUGCAUCAAAAGACAGAAGCAUUAAGAGCCAGGAUCGCAAAUCAGAGAGCAAAGAGAGACAAGGCAUUGUGCCAUUUGACAAAAUUAAAGCACAGCGAAAAAUGAGGGAGGCAGAACAGCGCCGUACACGUGAGCGUCGGGAGAGACAGCAGCAUCUGCAGACUAUCCGGGAACGUGAAGAAAGGGAACGACUUGAGAUUGCUCGUGAAAGACUGGAAAUUGAAAGGCAGCGUCUUGAACGAGAGCGAAUGGAAAGAGAGAGACUGGAGAGAGAACGGAUGCACAUAGAGCAUGAAAGGAGAAGAGAACAAGAUCGCAUUCAGAGAGAAAGAGAAGAGUUGCGACGCCAGCAUGAGCAACUGCGCUAUGAACAAGAACGUCGGUCUGCAAUGAGAAGACCAUAUGACAUAGAUGGCAGGAGAGAUGAUCCAUACUGGCCAGAAGCAAAACGAAUGGCAAUGAACGAUAGGUACCAUUCAGAUUUUGGUCGCCAGGAUCGCUUCCAUGACUUUGAUCACAGGGAUCGUGGCCGUUAUCAAGACCAUUCAAUAGACAGGAGAGAUGGAUCGAGGACAAUGAUGGGAGAUCGGGAUGGACAACAUUAUCCAGAUGAGCGCCAUGGAGGACCAGACCGUCACUCACGAGACUCUCGGGAAAGUUGGGGUAGCUAUGGAUCUGACAGAAGACUGAGUGAAAGUAGAGGGAUACCCCCACAGUCACGGGAUGGACGUGACUGGGGAGAUCAUGGUCGAAAGUUUGAAGGACAUCAAGAUCGUUCAUGGCAGAGCAGUGUGGAUGGAGGAAUGAUAGGACGGGAUCAUGAGAGAUGGCAAGGUGGAGGUAGAGGAAGACCCGGCCAUGUGAUGCAUCGUGGAGGCAUGUCAGGGCGUGGAGGUUUCAUCCAAGGUGGCAACCAAAGUCAGAUGAUGCACGGAGGAGGAAUGCAAGGAGAAGGAUUUGCUGGCCAGGAGAGAGCAAGCAGACCCAAUGAUCCCCGUUUCAACCGUCGCUAUUGAAUGUGUUUUAAUUUUUAAUGCAAGGUGGCAACUGAACUGAAUUUGUCACCCAGGGUUACCAUUAAUUGUAACUUAAGGGUUACUGUAAGUGUAUUUUUUUUUAAGCUGCUGCCAUAUUAUGUCACUCAAUCCAAUGUGAACUCAUUUGUUUUUGUAAUGUGUUGUUCACAUCCCAUUUUAAAUGUCUGUUAAUGAAGCAUUCCAUUUUCCA